AUGAAGACCCUGGCGUUAGUGCUUGCUGCUGUGCUGUUCGUAACGCUGGAGAAUGUUGUUGGGGUUUCAGAUGAAACCUUGGGACGGCCAUUUAUCAGCAGUGCUUUAGCAGAAGCAAAGAGUAGGGUGGACCAAGCAUACAAGUACACCAGAGAUCUUUCUAAAACUAAGUAUAAAAGGAGAUCCCUCAGCCCAUCAGAUCUGCUGUCCUUCUUUAAGCAGCCUGCAGCAGAUACCAGGUCUGCAGUCCGAGCUGCAGAAUACAUGGAGAUCACCCUGAGCCUCAUCACACAGAGAGUGCACAGGAUACACAGACGCUCUCUGAAUGCAACAGAUAUUUUAACUCCAGAAGACUUGUCAGUGAUUGCUCGGCUCACAGGCUGUGAAGCCCGGAUCACAGUGCCUUCCUGUAACACUAAUGCCCUUGUAGACAAAUACAGGACCAUCACCAGUGUGUGCAACAACAAGAGAAACCCUCGGCUAGGAGCAUCAAACACCCCGCUCAGCCGCUGGCUGCCUUCGCAGUAUGAAGAUGGAAUUCAUCUCCCCAAAGGCUGGGAUCCCAACAGACUGUAUUCAGGAUUCCACCUCCCUCUGGCCAGGGCGGUGUCCAACCAUAUUCUUCACACCCCAAAUGACAACCUGACCCAAGAUAAUGAUUUUGCCUACAUGCUGGUGCUGUUCGGCCAAUGGACAGAUCAUGAUCUUGGCAUCACUCCUACGUCUCCGAGUGUGCGAUCGUUCAAUAAAGGCAUUCACUGUGACGAAAGCUGUGACCAAGCAUCUCCAUGCUUCCCGAUUAAGAUUCCUCCCAACGACACCAGAAUUCACGACACUGACAGCUGCAUCCCUUUCUUUCGGUCGGCUCCAGCCUGUGGCACUGGAACCACAGGGUACAUGUUUGGAAAUGCCAACACCCGUGAGCAGAUAAACGCCCUCACCUCGUUUGUUGACGCCAGCAUGGUUUAUGGUUCAGAGGAGCCUUUAUCAAGAAAACUGAGGAACCUAAAAAGCGAUCUUGGUCUGAUGGCUGUCAAUGAUGAAUUCAGAGACGAUGGACUGGAGUUCCUACCGUUCAACAAAAUGGAGAUGAACAUGUGCGCUACGAGGAGGAGUGCUACGAGUGACCAGUCUCUGAGCGAAGUUGAAUGUUUCCAUGCAGGUGAUGCACGAGUCAAUGAAAACAUUGGGCUGACAGCAAUCCAUACUUUGUUUGUCAGAGAGCAUAACCGCCUGGCAAGAGAACUGAAAAAACUGAACCCACACUGGAAUGGAGAAAUCCUCUUCCAGGAGGCCCGGAAAAUCAUGGGGGCGUAUCACCAGAUUUUGAUCUACAGAGAGUACCUGCCUCGGAUCGUCGGAAGAGAGGCUGUUGACACGUAUCUCAAGACAUACAGUGGUUACGAUGAGUCUGUGGACCCUGGAGUUGCCAAUGUAUUUUCUACAGCUGCUUUCCGGUUUGCACAUCUUACCAUCCAGCCGUUCAUGUUCCGCCUGAACGAGACCUAUCAGGAGCAUCCUGAGUAUCCCAGCGUACUCCUUCAUAAAGCCUUCUUCACCCCUUGGAGGCUUGUCUUUGAAGGUGGAGUUGAUCCGAUCCUUCGGGGUUUGAUUGGAAAGCCUGCCAAGUUGAAUACGCAAGAUAAGAUGAUGCACGAGGAGCUGCGUGAACGGCUGUUCAAGCUAACCAGCCACCUUGCACUGGACCUGGGCUCUCUGAAUAUUCAGCGCAGCCGAGACCAUGGGCUACCAGGGUACAAUGACUGGAGGCGUUUCUGUGGUCUUUUUGAGCCCAAGACUGUUAAUGAGCUGGCUGAAGUCCUCAGUAACAGAAACCUGGCUGUGAAGCUGCUCGGACUGUAUGGGUCUCCUGACAACAUUGACAUCUGGAUGGGCGGGAUCUCCGAACCCUUUGCCAGCAACGCUAGAGUAGGGCCACUAUUCGCCUGUCUGAUAGCAACACAGUUUCAAAAGAUAAGAAAUGGAGACAGAUUCUGGUGGGAAAAGAGUGGCACCUUCACUGAAAGCCAGCGAAACUCCCUAAGAACAGUGAGCCUCUCUCGGAUUAUCUGUGACAACACCAAGAUUCAAGAAGUUCCUGAAAAUGUAUUCCAAUACAGACCGUACAGUCAAAGCUAUUCCAGAUGCUCACAGAUUCCCAGUUUUGACCUAAGCCCCUGGCAGGAAAAUACAUCAGCCACAAGGAAUAACCCUGUUGUUUUCAAUGAGUCCCAGGGACAACAGGAACCACAGAGCACCCUGAGCAAACAGGAGGGUCAGCUUCCUCAGCUCCCCAAGGACCAAAAGGUGAGAAAGGAGACAGCGGACCUGCAGGACCUACAGAAUCUUCUAGACCUCCAGGACCUUCUGGACCUCCAGAACCUUCUAGACCUCCAGGACCUUCUGGACCUCCAGAACCUUCUAGACCUCCAGGACCUUCUGGACCUCCAGGACCUUCUAGACCUCCAGGACCUUCUGGACCUCCAGGAUCUUCUGGACCUCCAGGACCUCCAGAACCUGCUAGACCUCCAGGACCUUCUGGACCUCCAGGACCUCCAGGACCUCCUGGAUCCAGUUCCGGUUCUGAGCAGUAACCAGCCUUUGCUUUUACUCUUGGCUGUAGCUAUCCUGCAGUUGGAAAAGCCAUUGCAUUUAAAGAAAUCAUUUAUAAUGGGCAAAAAAGUUUUAAUCCAGACACAGGAGCUGGUGUUUAUCAGUUUGACUUGACAACUGCUACUUAAUUUUCAGGACAGCUCCUGUUUAAAAUCUAAGGGCUCUGUGUAUCGUUGAUUGUUCUUUUGUAUCUUGACUUUUCAUAGGUUUUUGUGACUUGGUAGACUAACCCGCAAUGUAUUAAAGCCAUUAUCACUACCGUAACUUCAUCCCUGCUGCGGUAGUUUAAUUACGACUGUUUGUUUCAAACUACUUCCGUAUGCAAAUGUACAAAUCUCAUUAUAAUGGUUCUGUGCUUACCCUUGAUGUACUAUCGUUCGGGUUUGUGCCGCAUGCCUCUCACUGGCAUAGAUUCAACUAGCGGUUCGUAUGUGAAACGUUUAAACGUUUACAGGCUUUUAGUUAUUGUACUUUCAAAUAAAGCACCUUAAAAUAUAUUAAAAAAAUUAUUAAUACCUAGUCUAUAUUAAAUAACAAUGGCAAUAAAUACAUUUUGUUUUGGUUUCUUUUAUAUUUUAAGGUGCUUUAUUUUAAAUUUCACAUUAAUAAUGAAGGGAAUCACGGAAACAAAUCAUUGCAGAGGUCUUUAAUUAAACACAAACUAAAAUCUUUUCUUCUCAGUAAUUAAUUAUGUAGUGCAUAGACAACAAAAAAUCUAUGAAAACUAUUUACUGCGUAGCCUACUGUAUGCACUGCGAUAUUUUCUGCGAUAUUCUUAAAUUUAAAGCACUGAAAGGGAAGCAUGGUCAGGGUACAGACGAGUACAAACUUGGUAAACUGGAGAAUUACCGAGCAAAUUUCCCAUGGUAAACGAUAUAGAAACAAGCUUAGUUCUAUAUGCUUUCGGUUUUUGGGGACCCAUUCUUUUAGAUCUACGUGUUGGUUUGUUUUCGCUGUGCCAGGGUCUGCGCUACGUUCACCUCACAUUCAGUUUAUCCUGUUUGUUUUUUUUAUUUUCUGCUGCUUUCUUUUUUGUAAUCCUCCUAGGUCAUGCCAUUUUUUUUAAGGUCAGGUGUCUGUCGCUUACAGUGUCCCAGUAAAUGUAUUUUGUUAGUUAUUUCUUUCCAUGUUUCUUUUCUUAAUGUUUUUUGGCCCUGCGAAGUGUUAAAUAAUAGUUCUUGAUUUGCAUUUCACUAACUAACAGGUAAAUGUCGUCUUUGUAGAAAUUUGUUUUCCUUUUCUUUUUGCCCUGUGCCAUGGUUGCAGUCUUCAGAAGCCAUAGCUCGAUCCUAGUACAUUUGCCUACUACUUUCUGUUUACUAUACCACUCAUUUGUCUUUGCCAGAUGGAAGUUAUAAAUCUUGAUUUUGGUGUUGCAAAUUUAUUUAUAAUGAGAUGCAAAUUCUAUAUAAUAAGCAGUAAUUGAUGCUGUUCGAAAACUUGUGGUGACAAUAGUUCUUCACGAAAAAGAGCUGUUAAUACAUCGCAGGCAAAAAUUCUACGAAGGACAGAGGCUACAAAUUCACAGUAUUUACUAACACGUAAGUAAUAUUAGUACAUAGAUCCCUAAGCCAUUUUUUAAUUAGGUGAAAUACAAAGAAAGAAAUACAAAAUUUUGCUUGUCAAUUCAGCAGUAAAACCCGAUGCUUCUAACCCAGUCCCUUAUUUGCAGCCACACAAUAGAAACUUUUGGUGUCUAUCCCAAGUAAAGACACAUUUUAUCACUGGCUCUCUUUUUACAGUUUUUUUUAAACAUAUUAAAUUGGCUUUACAUAUUUUAUAUCAAAGACAGUUUACUAUAGUAUUUAUUUUACAUAAUGCAAUAUUAGAAAUUAUACCUGCAACCUGAUUCAGCCUAACAUCAUUAUAUAUUGCAGGAGAAUGUGCUAUUCUUGCACUAUUAAAUUAAAUUUGCAUGAUUAGAUUACAAUAUUGAAUUGUGAACAUUAAUAAUACUUUUACAAAAGGAGAAAUAUGGAUGGAUGGAAAACACAUUGAUAUUGGGAUUUAUACUGUAAAAUCACAUACUUAGGAUUACAUUAGUUAUUGUAUAUUGCACUGACAUUUAAAUUGCAUUAUUUGAUGGUUGUCUGGGUUUGGAGUUGACAGCUGUAUUAAUAUUGGCAAUCUGGUUUACUUGAUGCUUCGGCUGUAUGCAUUUGCAUCACAAAAAUGUCUUAGUACUUCUUGGUCUUGUAGGGUUCCUGAACAUGAAACAGAAAUAGGUGGCAUUUUACAAAAUAAAACUGAAGUGGAGAUGAAUCUGAUGUGAAUAACUAUAGACCUAUUUCCAAUGUGCCUGUUCUGGCUACAGUGCUUGAGUCACUACUCAAUGUACAGUUAAAGUGCUACUUGAAUUCUAUUAGCAUUCUUAGUGAAAUGCAGUCUGGUUUGGGUCUAAUCGUGGUACAGUGACAGCAAUCCUCAAAGGUAUGGGCGAUAUUACCUUUUCCCUGGAUAAGAAUGAAGUGUGUGCAUCUGUGAUCACUGAGCUUUCUACAGCUUUUGACACAGUGGAUCAUGGGCUUCUGACUCAAAGGCUUGUGGAUAUAGAUGAGAAGGCGGUUGCAUGGUUAAUUAUUUUAGAAAUCAAACCCAAAGUAUAAAAGCAGAUGGAUUAAUUUCAGAGAGAAUUGAAUUAGAAAAGGAGUUCCUCAGGGAUCUGUACUCAGACCAGUCUUGUUUACACUUUAGAUUAACAACCUGGGCAUUAGUAUUGAUCAAUACAAUGUUAAUUACCUCUAGUAGCACUUAGAAUCUUAGAUCUCAGAAUGUUCUACAUUUCUCAGUUCUUAAAGUUCAUACGGAAUUUGGAAUAUAGGAAUUCAGUUUUCUUACUCCGUAACAAUUUUGCUUGCUUUCACUUUAAAAACACUGUAAUUUGACAGGAUGUGUGCAUGGAAGCCUUAACUCCGGAAGAUUCAAGGAAACUUUUUAUAUUUGAGGGCUGUCAUGUAUUCUCGUUUAUGAUGCUGCUGUCAGUAAUCUUCUUAAUGAUGUGAGAUUAUAACACUUAUUUGUUAAAUUGUUUAUUAAUGCAUGUUGAAAAUUAAAAUCGGCAAAAAAUUAAAUGAAGGAGCAUUUUGAAGCAUUUGUUUUUCAUUAAUAAAGUAUA